AAUUUAUACCUGUUUUAACGUUGUGCAUGCUACUGUCAGAGCACGCUAAUGUCAUAGCGGCAGAUAACGACAAACAGAGAUACGCCGAGGUUCGCGCAAGUCUUAUUUUUUACACCAAACAGGAAAUUCGAUUAACAAUUCUACCCUCUUUUUCGGUAGAGAUCACCCGGGACAGGCCAAAUAAACCCGUAAAUGUAAGUUUAAAGAACUCUCGAACGGAAGAUGAAUCACAAGUGAGUCGUAGUUUCGCUUGGCCAAUGGACACUGGUAGGAGGCUGCGCGAUGAAUACGCUCCGCGAAUGGUCACCGCUGGUGGAGCUGGUUAACAAGAUUCCAUCCUCCGUUCAGCGCGGUCUGCUCUUCCACGAUGUGUCCAUUACGUGCGUCGACCUGGUGGAAGAAUUCAUCGCCCUCGGUAGCAACGUGGGGCUGGUGUUUUGGUACAACCGGAAAAGCGGUGCGAUCGAAAGGUUAGCAACGGAUAGCGGUUCCCAGGAGCUCACCUGUGUGCGGAUUGCAUCGACGGUCGAGUACAUGGUGGCAGCCGGUUGCCGUGCCGGCCAAGUUAACAUAUUCCAGAUCCCGAAAACACCUCCGCCGGAUGUGUGCGCUGAGUUGCUGCUGAAAGCCAAACCCAUCGAACGCUAUACGGUUCGUGGAUUGCACCGAGCGGGUGUGUCUGAACUGGUGUGGUCGAAGAACGGGAUGCGUUUGUUCUCGGGAGAUAUGGGAGGCGCGGUGGUGCUGACAGAGAUCGGAUAUGCCUCAAAAACAUGCCAAUCGCGGGAAAUCAUCAACGAACGGUACGAAAUUGUACAGAUGGAUCUGUACCGGAGCAAGCUAUUGGUUUCGAGUUCCUUUCGCACGGUCAUCUGCAGCCCGGAGGAAGAAGAUGGCGGGCAACGGUGGCGGGUAGCACAAGUCGGCAAAAAAGAUCGCAAAAUGUUGGCACCAUUUGGAGCAGUUUUUGCCUCGGUUCAUGGCAAGCAGCAGAUCGUUUCGACACGGUCCGGCUUUCGGUUGUGGCUGGCCGACGAUGAAGGCAACGUUGCCCAAACGCUCAUAUUUAAAGAGCUGAUGCGGGCACCCUGUGCGGAGAUAGGGUUGCUCAAUCCAAGUCGCAAUCCCAUCCGGAUACCAACCACUUUCGGGAAACUGUACCCAUUCGAAGGACAUCGAAUGGUUUCGGUUGCCAAUGGAGCGUUGUUUCUGCUUGACCUCGAACGAAUGGCAGUCGCUGGCAGUCUCACACGUCUUCGCCACAUCCUGGACGUGGCAGUAGAUCGUAACGAAAUACUGAUCCUGGAAAGUGGCCGAUCGUUGGUGCGGAUUGGCACCCUGCCUGAUAGUAGCCAGUCGACGAUCGUGUUGAAAAAUUUGGAACUAUUCGUCAGCGCGGAGUCCCAGAUUGUACAGGCGGAUGAGUGCUGCGAGGAAGCGCCGGCCGAAUUGCUGGUACGAAACGAGGAGUCACCCGGCAGUUCGCUUCCCUGUGACGAUCGAGUCAGCGACUCGGUGGAUGGUGGUGGAGUCGAUGAUGAUGCGCGCCUUAUCGACAGCCAUAUGAAGAAGUUGGAACUGUUCGACACCCUGAACGAGCUGAAGUAUGACGAAUCGAUUCUGUUCAAGAGUGGCCGAAGUCGGAGGAAGCAUCGCACGAAGGUGAACCCGAUCGUUGAGAUAGGACAGAUUCCGAAAGAGAUAGAACCGGAAGGUGGUGAGCCUUCCGGCAGCUAGAAUAUACGUCUAGCGGGUAGAUACUAUAUUAUUACGCUUAUUUGUAGGAAUGUGAACGGUGCUUUGAUUAUUGUGUACCCCUUGUUUGGUAAAUCAAUCGGUUCGCAAAAGAAUCUCUCUUUAUUAGUUGCAUCAUGACACGGCAGCAAACCGGAAGUCUGAUACGUUAGACAGAGGCAGAACAUAGACAUUCACUGGCAGGGCUUCGUUUUGUUUGUUUGUUAAGCGUUAGGAACCACGGCACCGCCAGUUCUUAGCGGCACGUAGCACAGCAUCUAUCGAUUGUUACUCAUUUUACUAUAAUUUCCUGUUAUCGUAUGUUGUUGCGCUUUGUUCCAGGCUUAGCGCCAAAGCUAAUUGUGAUUGUAUAUUCUAAUGAUGGAAGAAUAAACUAUUUUGUUAUGCUGUGUA